UCAGAUUCCCCAAAAUAGCAGCCGGUGGCCAUUAUUCGAGCAGGUCAUCGAAGAUCUCACCGUUGAUUGGAAACUGGGUGUUGAAUUCCAUUCAUGCCGGGUCAAUGCCACGGUGUUGGAGCAUCGAGUGUUACACGAUACCCCCGUCCAUUUUCAGGGACUUGUCCCACGGUGAUAUUCUCCCAAGCACUGCGACAGAAGCAUUUCCCCCCUACAUGCGCAGCCUGGCAGUCAACCCUCUGGUAUACACUGCCCCGGCGUUCAUCGUGUUCCCCGAGGUCCAGGACCCUCUGCUGUAUUGGAUAUCGGUGGCCCCGCAGAUUGGCCAGUAUGUAGCCUUCAUCAACGACUUGUUAUCCUUCCCCAAAGAGAUCCGCGCAGGUGAGGAAUGGAAUUAUCUCUCCAUGACAAGCAGAGCCCGUCGGCAGGCCGGGGAACCGUCUCGCUUUAGUCAAAGGGUGCUGCUGCUGGUGAUUCUCUGUGGACCUUCCGGGAUACGCUGCACGAGGCAAUCGAGGACGCAUUGAAAGUGACGGCUGGAGUUGAUCAGGGGUUCGCUCAUUUCGAUAAGCCCGGUGAGAAAAAUCGGCACAGGAUAGAUGAGCAUGGAAAAUUGGCUCAUGGUGUCUGGAAGGCCUUUAGGCAUGGAUAUGUGGCGUUUCAUUUGAACUCGGCUCGAUACGGGCUGUCAAGCUUGAGGGAUCGAGGGGAACUCGCGAAGAAGGCGGAUAAGACUAGCUGUUCUUGCCAGUUGGUGUUCUUUCCUGGGAGUUCUGGCAUGAUGUGAUGGAGAUGGGCGUUUAG